ACCCCCCGUCCUACCCUGCUCCCUACCCCGCCCCUUCCCCUGAUUUUCCCCCUAUAUUAUCCUCUGCCCCUUCCCCAGCAGCUUCCCCCAACGCCCCUCCCCCUGUUUUCCCCCCAUCUGAUUCCCCCCUUCCCCCGGAUCUCCCCCAACCUCCCCCUCACCCUCACAAACCCCCCAAAAGACAUCCCCCACGCGCCCACAGCCCCCCUCCCCCUUCUGAACCUCUUCCCGAACCUCCUGCCAAGCCUCCAGCCGAACCUCCUGCUGAACCUCCUGUUGAAACUCCUGCCGAAACUCCUGCCGAACCUCCUGCUGAACCUCCUGCCGAAACUCCUGCCGAACCUCCGAGCCUUUCACCUGCACCGGCCCCUAGCCCUUCCCCCUCCUCCCCUGCCGUCUUCCCCCACCCCCCUUCUCCCCCCCCAUAUCUCCCCCUGCCCCAUCCCUUCCCCCCACCUUCCGCCCCUGCUGAAUCCCCCCUAUCUGCUCCCACUCUCUCCUCCCCUUCCUCUUCCCCCUCUCCUCCCUCUCCUCCACUCUCUUCUCCCGCAUCCCACCCUCCUCCUACUCCUCCUCCUUCUUUCUCAAUUCACCCUUCACCCUCACUGCCCCCCCCCCUUGACACUCCCACCUAUCCCUCACCACCGCUAGCCGCCCCUCCAUCUCCCCCUCCCCCUCCUCUCCACCACCCCAUCAAGCACCAUCCUCCCCUCUACGCUGCCACUCCCCGCAGCCAUGCACCCGUCAUCCUCACAUCUCCCCCUCCCCCUCCUCCUCCCCUUCACUUCGCCCCUCCCCCCAGCUCUCUCCCUACCCCUUCUCCUGGUACUCUCUUUCUCACCCCACCUCCUCCCCCUCCUCCUCGUCCUUCUCCUCUUUUUUCUCUCCCGCCUUUCUUCAUCGGCCCAUCAAGCCCUGCCAUCGUUUUGCCACCGGCACCGCCGCUCAUCCUACCUCCCCCACCCCCCGACAGCAGACACUGCCCCCCGUGCCCUUCCAGGACCGUCCUCCUCCCCCGCGCCUCCCCCUCGGAUCUCUCCUGCUCCUGCGCCCUUCCCAUGGUGCUGAUCGCCAGGCUCCACUCCUCCUUCGACUCCUUCCUCCACAAUGUCCCUGUCUUCGCUGCUGAGCUCGCCUCAGGCCUUACCGUUUACACAAGGCAGGUCGAGGUGUGGGCUGUGAGCUACGACCCGGACCCCACUGCUCUAAUCAUCACCACGUAUUUAUUGCCGGUGGUUCAAGGUGGUUCAGCGGCUAAGGGGGAGCAAGCAGCUAGGGCGAGUUCGGUGCAGGGGGGUUCAAUACAGGGGGAGUCAGCAGCUAAGGGGGGGCAAGCAGCUAGGGCGAGUUCGGUGCAAGAGGAAGCAGCUAGGGGAAAGGAGGCCGGUCAGGGUGGUGAGGCUGCUGCUCGAGUGUUGGUGGCGACGCAGGGAGGGAGGCAGGAAUUGCAGCAGAGCCCGGUUCAGCUGAGUCGGUCGGAAGUGGGGAGGAUUCGGCGGCUGCUGCUGGAGGGGAGAGUGCAGCUGGACCCGAGCUUGUUUGGGGAGUUCACCGUCCUUAUGAUUCUAGACCCAGGUCAACCGUUCCCCAGUCCCCCUCCUCCUCCCUUCCCGGACCCAUCCCUCUCGCCUAACAUCACCUCUGACAGCACCAACGCCGGUGAUUUGUCCUCCCCCUCCCCCUCCCCUUCCUCCUCCCCUCCCUCCCCUCCCUCCUCUCUCUCCUUGUUGCUCAUCAUCCUGGCUAUCGGGGUUCCGGUAGGGGUAUUUGCGCUGGUUACCCUGGCCGCGAUCGGGUGGAAUAGGCUAGUAACCCGGAAGGCGCAGAGGAACGCUUUCAAGGGUGUGAAAGCGUAUGGGCCGUUUUGGGGGGGAAGGAGUGAGGGAGAGGGAGUGAGGAGGGGGAGUGAGGGAGGGGUUGAGGAGGAGGAGGAUUCGUGGCUUGCGGAGGAAAGCUCUGCUGCUGCAGCAGCAGCAGCAUUGGCGGCAGCAGCGGCACACGGUAAAAGAAAGAACAGCUACUCCCCACCCUCUAGCUCCUCCCCUUCCUCCUCCCCGUCUCAAAGACCCUUGGCAAUCCCUGAGCGACAAGAAUGGGAACGAGAACGGGACACAAGAGCAUGGGACCGAGAUCCUGCUGAUUACAAUAAGGCGGAUUACAUGAGGGGAGUAUACCUGAGGGGAGCAGGAGAGGAGGGGGGAGGAGGUAGGAGGAGAGGAAUGAAGGGGAAGCAGAGGCCCUUAAAGCCCGAGUUUUCAGGCAUCCCUUUUGCAACAUCAUUGAAGCUUGAAAACUUUUCGGACGGGGCGUACUCUUUUUCGGUCGUGCAAGUCCGGGCAGCCACGGAAAAUUUCAGCUCGGGUAACUUGAUCGGGCAGGGAGGGUUUAGCCGGGUGUACAAGGGAGUUUUGGAAAACGGCACUCCGGUUGCUGUGAAGCUGCUUCUGUCCUCCCGAACCUCGUUCCGAGCCUCGGCAGCAGGUUUGGCAGCUUUGGCUGGGUCCCCGGACCUAAAUGAGCAAGGCUCGGGAGCAGCUUUCGUGAUGGCAGCAGUAGCAGAAGCAACAGCAGCACGGAUAGCAGCAACAGCAACAGGAGCAGGACCAGGCUCGGGAGCAGGUGCGGGGACUCCAGGCUUGGGAGGAGCAGGCUUGCGAACAGGUUCGGAAGCAGGUUGGGGAGCAGGGUCUGAAGCAGGUUCGGAGGACAUCCCCCCUAUAAGAGACCUCGAAUUCGAUAGAGAGUUUUCAGCAGAGGCCAAUAUCUUGAGCUGUUUGAACCACAGAAACAUCGCGAAGCUUCUAGGAAUUUGCCGCGAGGGGAACUUCCGGUGCCUGGUGUUUGAGUUUGUGGAGCGUGGGACUCUGCACGCGUUGCUGCAUGGAGGAGGUGGGAUGAGACCUCCUCCCUCCGGCACUCUAGACUGGCCCACAAGGCUGAGGAUAGCUGUUGGAAUCGCCCAGGGCGUGUGCUACUUGCACGAGGAUGCGUCUCCUCUGAUCAUUCACCGCGAUCUGAAGACCGCGAAUGUGUUGGUGGAUAGGGAUUUCACUCCUAAAAUCGCGGAUUUCGGGCUGGCUAGGACAGUGGAGGGUGAGGGGGGGAGCGGUGGGAGAGAGAGCGGAGAGGGGAAUGAGGAGUACAUGGCUCCAGAAUACACCCUGACAGGUCAAUCCGGCAUCAAAAGUGAUGUCUACAGCUUUGGGGUUAUUCUACUAGAGCUCAUCACCGGACGUGAAGCUGUGGACCGAACCAAGCCUGCAGGUUUGGAGAGCCUUGUGAAGUGGGCCAGGCCGCUGCUUGCCGAGCCUCGGGCGCAAGUUCGGCAGCUCGCUGACCCGGCUCUGGAGGGGAGGUUCGGCAAGGAGGGUCUGGUUCGGAUGGCAGUGGUGGCAGGGAUGUGUGUUGCUGUGGAUAAUGGUAGAAGACCAGCCAUGAGUCAAGUAGUGGAGCAACUGCGCCAGAUCCAAUCAGAGGACCCCACGUCUGCACAGCUUCCCAACAGUGCCAACCCAGCAGCUGCUGCUGCUGCUGCUACCACCUCUACCACCACCACCACCGCUGCAACUACCACCACCACUACCGCCACCACCACCAUUGCUACCACUGCCACUGCCGUUGCAUUUUCCUUCUCUACUUCCUCCUCCUCCUCCUCCUCCUCCUCCUCCUCCUCCUCUUCCUCAGCAUCUCGAUCGCUCCUCUCCACUUCUCACUCCCCCCACACUCGCCCCACUGCACAAACCCCUCCUCUCUCCUCUCUCCCUCCCCCCCACACCCAUCCCUCCCAUCCCUCUCUCUUCUCCUCUCCCCACUCCUCCGCCCCUCUCUCCUCCCCUCACUCCCCCUCCCUCUCCUCCCCAUACCACACACCCAGACGCCACGUGUCCCCGUUCCCACCCCCCCACUACCCCUCCCCACAUAUACCUUCCCCUGCUGCCGCCUCCCCUGCCUCAUACGCAUCAGCAGAGGAGGAUACUGGAAUCCUGGGAGACAAUAUGGGCGGAAUUGCCCUUUUGCCACCGGUGCCAGAGGCUGAACGGUCUUCCAUGCCUAAAUUAUUAAGAAUGACAGUUCAAGGGCUGGACUACAGUGGGGACUUAGCUCUUUCUCCUGGGGGGUCCGACUCUGAAUCAACCAGAUCACUCUCUCAGUCACGGCAGUCACAGCCGCCUCUUGAGAAUGCUCAAAUCCCUGCCUGCUCGUCCGGUGGGUCUAACCCCGACUCAGACUCAUCCACAUCACUCUCUCAAAUCCUGCACACUCAGAAUCAUCCAGCGGACCAGCCACCCCCCGGAAUCUCCCCUCUCCUCACCCUCUCUCACUCUCUCCCCUCCACUGCUCACAGCACCCACCCACAACCGUUGUACACUCCAAAUUCCCCAUCUUCGCAAGCAUCUACCCGCCAGCCGUCUGACCGCUCACUGUUGCCACCCAGAUCAUCUGCCGAACCUAGGGAUGAGGUUCGACACGCCCGCACCGGCAGCCACACGCUUGACAUUGCCCAGAGCGGGGAGAGCUACAGUGGUCACUGCAGCCGGGAGAGUGUAGAUUUCGUUUGUAACGAAGAAAGUGCUCAAUACACACAAACACAAGGUUCAAGCACAAUAUAUGAUGGCAGCAGGCAUAGGGAAGGGUCGAGUCAAAGUCCUUUCCCUAAGUCUAGAUUUUGGGGCAAAGAUGGUGGAAGGUAUGGUCGUGAGUAUCUGCUUGAUGAUGCGUAUGACAGCUCAUGGACAGAUGAACAAAGGGGUAGUGGUGCUUGGAGUGGAGAUAUGGCAGGCGAAGCGGUGGAGGAGAAGGUACUAAGACAUUCGUAGAAGUGGCUUAACAGUUCUAGGGAUGUGUUUUCUCAAUUCGAAAAUGGUUUGAAAGGUUGGAAGUGUAUGCGCUUACGCUUAAUGCUGUAUUUUAUGUG